UGCCCCUGGCGGCCGCCAUGUUGGCGGCGGCCGGAUGUUGAUGCCGUGAGGGAGCCAUGGCGGCGCGGCCCGGCGGGGCCGGCGAGCGGCGGCGGCGGGUGGAGGAGCUGAGCGCGGCGCUGCGGGGCCGCCUGGGGCCCUACGAGCCGCUGCUGAGCUCCGUGCAGGCCGCGCUCGUGUGGGAGCGGCCGGGCCGCAGCGCCCUGUGGUGGGCGGCGGCGCACGGCCUCUUCUGGUUCUUUGCUCUGACUUCCCUUCGACUGGUGUUCCUCGUUGCGUUCACUCUUAUUGUAGUAGUUUGUAUAGAUCAGUGGAAGAACAAAAUCUGGCCUGAAAUUGGAGUGGCAAGACCUGACGACUUAGACAAUGAGAGCUGGGGAUACGUCCACCCUCGGCUGCUCGGAGUGCCGGAACUUUGUCACCAUUUGGCUGAAGGAUGGGUGACGGGGACCAACUUCUUAAAUAACCUCUUCGUUUUCAAGAGGCAAAGCCCUGGCAAGUUUUGCCUUCUAGUCUGUGGAGUCUUUACUUUCCUGGCUGUUCUGGGCCGGUAUGUCCCUGGACUCCUGCUCUCAUACUUGCUGUUGCUCUUCGUCCUGCUGUGGCCCCUGGCUGUGUACCACAGGCUGGGGCACCGCAUGUACCUGAAGCUGGAGCCGGCUCUGCAGCGGCUGGAUUUCAGUGUUCGAGGCUACAUGAUAUCAAAGCAGCGGGAGAAGCAGCUGCGUCACCGAUCCCUGAAUCAGGAGGGCACGGAUGAUGGGAGUGACAGUGAAGAGGAGCUUGCUGCUUUCUGUCCCAAGCUGGAUGACUCCGUGGUUGCCAAGGAACUAACCAUCUCUGACUCGGAGCAUUCAGAUGCUGAGGUUUCCUACACUGAGAACGGGAUGUUUAACCUCUCAAGGGGCCAGACUCCACUGACGGAGGGAUCAGAAGACCUGGAUGGUCACAGUGACCCAGAAGAAUCUUUCGCCAGGGAUCUCCCUGACUUCCCUUCCAUCAACCCAGAAGCGACUGGCCUAGACGACGAAGACGACACCAGCAUUGGGAUCCCGAGUCUGGCUUACCGCCCGCAAGGAACGGGAGAGCUGCAUUUCCCCUCUUACCAGGAAGACGCCGCUGCACUGCCGUCUGUACAGAAUCUCACUGACAACAUAGCUGGGUUUGUCACCAGAGGGAUGAUACAGCUCGCGCUGUCAGGAACCGCUCAGCCAGGCUCUUCGCACAGUGACAAUCCCCAAAGAGGUGCAAAGACUUACCUCAGGACGGCCAGCUCGGACUUGGACACUGAUGCGGAAGGGGAUGACUUUGAACUGCUGGAUCAGUCUGAGCUGAACCAGCUGGAUCCUGCUGGCUCACGGGGCCAGUAAGCAAUCACAUCCCCUCCUUUCUGGUUUUCUGUUGUGCGUCGUGGAGGGGAAUCCUGGAAGGAAAAAGCAUUGCACAGUUCUCUAGAUUGUCUCCCGUGUGAGCGCGAGUGAUAACGACAACCAGUCCUGGCUGGGAACACCACUGUGACCCGUGACUCUGUAGCCUCGCUUGGAUUUUAAAAUAAACCACGCUGGUAAUUCGUAGGGAAAAGGUGUUGAUGUGAUGGCUCCACAAUCACCCAUGCGUUGCCCUGCAGUGUCUGCCAGGACGCUGCUUGCUCCAAAUUUCCUCACCUAAGACAAUAAAUCUGGUCUGCAGCCUGGAGACCACUAAUCAGACUGAAUUAGCGUCACUGAGAACAAUCUGGAAGCCGACCUUCCGGGGCUGAUACACGACAAGGUGAAUGGGACUGGUUUCCCCUCAGACUUAGCGUCUAGGACUUAAUGCUGUUCUGUCUUUAAGACAACCCUUUCCUGCUCCUAAAAUGUGCACAGAAACCCCGAUUCUUCUCUCCCAGCAAUAUCCAGCUCUGGGUAGAAUCAAACACCUUGCUCCUCUCGUGGACGUGAUGGCGUACGGCCACAAAUGUUUGUACUCGUAACGACCACUCAUCUCCAGCUCAAGCUUUCUAGUGAUGCUAUUUUGUAAGAGACGUAAUGGCAAUAAGACAUCUACUGUGAUGACUAGAGUCCUGCAAAGAACAUCUACGUGUG